CAGAGCAGAGUGGGCGUUUUGAUCCGUCUCCUCCUCCUCUAGCUCAGCUCAUACAUACAUGACUUCACGGUUAACAUUACACAAGUUGGGCAACUUCAAACCGUGAGAUUUUAACAGUCGCAAGUCGGCACGACAAGACAAAAGAUGACGGAAAGCUCCGCGAACAAGCUGCUGAACGGAGACGCCUGUCACCGGACGACAAGCGGCAGAAAGACAACCAGUAAAAAUGGCUUCGUGAAGAACCACUGCCUGUUUCUACAGCAACAGAAGUACCGUCGCCCCGGCAGCCCCAGGGACAAGAACCAAAAUGUCCCACACAACUCCAGCCUGUACAAGAAGCCCUUUGAGGAGUCUUUCGAGGAGACUCCUCUACUGGUGGCCGUGCUCACCUACAUGGGCUACGGCAUCCUCACCGUCUUUGGCUACCUCCGAGACUUCCUCCGCCACUGGAGCAUCGAGAAGUGCAACGUGGCUCGGGAGAAAGAGGAGCAGAAGGAUUUCGUCCCCCUCUAUCAGGACUUUGAGAACUUUUACACCAGGAACUUGUACAUGAGGAUUCGAGACAACUGGAACAGACCCAUCUGUAGUGUCCCUGGUGCUAAGAUGGACCUGGUGGAGAGAGUUUCCCCAGACUACAAUUGGACCUUCGAGCACACAGGCAGAGUGGUGAAGGACGUCAUCAAUAUGGGCUCAUACAAUUACCUCGGCUUUGCUGAGAACACCGGGGCUUGUGCCGAUGAUGCUUUGGAGGCCACGGAAAAGUACGGUGUUGGCGUGGGCAGCACUCGCUGUGAGAUGGGAAACCUGGACAUCCACGAGGAGCUGGAGCAGUUGGUUGCCAGGUUCCUAGGUGUUGAGUCAUCCAUGGCUUUUGGCAUGGGCUUCGCAACCAACUCCAUGAACAUUCCCGCUCUCACCGGGAAGGGUUGUCUCAUUCUGAGUGAUGAGCUGAAUCACGCGUCGCUGGUGCUGGGUGCUCGCCUGUCUGCCUCCACAAUUCGGGUCUUCAAACACAACAACAUGCAAAGCCUGGAGAAGCUGCUGAGGGACGCUAUCGCACACGGGCAGCCGAGAACCCACCGACCCUGGAAGAAAAUUCUCAUUGUGGUGGAGGGCAUAUACAGUAUGGAGGGGUCCAUCGUGCGUCUGCCAGAGGUCGUUGCUCUGAAGAAGCGCUACAAGGCGUAUCUGUACCUGGAUGAGGCCCACAGUAUCGGGGCCCUGGGUCCUAACGGCAGAGGAGUGGUGGACUACUUCGGCCUGGAUCCCAAAGACGUCGACAUCAUGAUGGGAACAUUCACCAAGAGCUUCGGUGCUGCCGGAGGAUACAUUGGAGGCAAAAAGGAGCUGAUCGACUACCUGCGACGCCACUCUCACAGCGCCCUGUACGCCACCUCCAUGUCCCCUCCUGUGGCCCAGCAGAUCAUCACCUCUAUGAAGAUCAUCAUGGGAGAGGACGGGACCACACUGGGUGCUGAUCGCCUCAGACAGCUAUCAGAGAACACCACCUACUUCCGCAGGAAACUCCGCGAAAUGGGCUUCAUCAUUUACGGCAGCGAUGACUCGCCCGUAGUACCCAUGAUGCUCUAUAUGCCUGCCAAAAUUGGGGCGUUUGGUCGGGAGAUGUUGAAGAGAAACAUAGGCACGGUGGUCGUCGGCUUCCCAGCAACACCCAUCAUCGAGUCAAGGGCGCGUUUCUGCGUUUCGGCCGCCCAUACCAGAGAGAUGCUCGACACAGCGUUGACGGCCACCAGUGAAGUGGGCGACCUGCUGCAGCUGAAGUACUCCAGACGUGAACAGCCUCUUCCCUCGCUUGGGUGGAUGGCCGAGGAGAGCCUGCUUCAGGAUUGAGCCACAUCGUCCCCUUCCUGUCAUAUCCAACUCACCCACAACUCACUGUCCCUCCGUUACUGUACCUUUUCUGGUCUGAUAUCCCUCAUUUUCCUCUGAGCCAGUCUCUCCACCCCACUAUAUCUCCUCACAUCAGACUCCCGUGGACUCACUAGAACCAAAGUCUUUCACAGGUCUGCCCCGUUUUGAAGCCUGCACACCAGCACCACUCAUUCGCCUGUGUGCAGUCUGUGACCUGGACCAAAAAUCACCCACAUCUCUCUGUACGUCAACUUCAGUCUGUCCUAACUUAUUGUGACUGCUUCGGUCUAACGUCAAGUCUUAAUUCCUGUGUGCACAUCGAAUGUGUAUCUUAUUUGUGCAAUAAUAUCAACUUCUUUGCAAUUCAAACAACCUAGAGCAAAGUAGACCAAUUUUGUUUUUGGCACGAGUUCCCUACUCGUGCACUUGGAGAAAAAGAAAUCUGAUCGUAGCUGUUGCUACGAUGAACACAAGAGGAAAAGAUUUUAUAUGUAAAUAUUAUUUAUCCCGAAGUUGGUGAUGCUUCCUUAGGGUAGCAACCCAAACCUCAAAGAGAGAUACAUUAUUUCACAGGAGUAGCAUAUGUGCUCCAUAUGUAUUUAUCUGAUGGCUUUGUUUUUUUUCCUAAUCACUUUUACUUGAACUGAGAGUAUAGAAUAUUGGGUUCUUUCCCUAACCAAAGGAUGUAUAUGUAUAGAUAUGUUUUCUACCUUUUCUCUUAAAAAUGCAAAGCAAAUGUUCCAAAAGAAAACAUUUAACAGGGAAAGAAUCCCAGGGAGCAAAGACUAUAAGGAAUAUUUUUUACUGCUUAUUUUCUAGAAAAUAUUUUUCAGCCUCAUUUACUGUUUACACCUGCGCUCAAAAACUUGAGCACAGUGUCUUUAACAUUUCUAUAAGCUAACGAGCUACAUGUGUGAUUUUAUUUUUUUUCGCUGAAUCCUUCUCACUCAAGUGCUUUCAUGUGAAUCAGCGCCGACACCGAUCUCCGAUCGCGAUGACGCGCUGUAAUUUAGAUCUGUACGUAUGACGAUGCCGCUCCCACGCCCAUCCGAUUUACAGACCGCUUUAUUUAUUUAUAACGUUGCCUUUCUGCUAUCAUAUUUUUGUGAAAAAAAUAUUAUUUUUAUCUGAAAGGCAGCUCCAAAUGUGUCCCCCAACACGUCUCGACUUCAGUGGCAGCACUACUGACAGGCAUUGUAUAUGCACACAUGACGUAGUCACUGAAAUGUGCAAAGAUUUGUGCGGGCAUGCUUCAAAUGUCGUAGUUUUUUUCUUUAUAAUUUAUCGUUUGUGGUCAUCUUCUGGAACGACAUUCCAUAUCAACCUGCUUACAGUGCUUUGUUUUACUGUUUUUGUCUGACUUUUCCGUGUGAGGUCACCCCCGAACAUGGCGUACAUGCCACUGUUCAUGCGUGUGUGUUUAUGUUUUACCACUUAAUUGAUGUGAAUUGGAGUCAGAAAGCUGGCCACCGUCUGGCAAUGUGACCAUUCCUAUAAAUGUUCAUCAAAGUGAUUAAACUCAACCCAAGUUUAUAGAAGCUUUUGUUGAUGUUUUUGGCAUUUUCGCACAGCACGCCAACUUGUUGGGGUCUCUUUUAACUUGUACAUCCAUUAGAUAUGAAUCGCUUUGAGUGAGUCAUUCCAAUAUUGUUGUUUUUAUCACAGAAAAUGGCUUUAAUAAUAACUCUGCUUUCAAUAAAUGUAGUAUGAAAGGUGGAACACAUGACUAUGAUCUGGACUUUGCACUCUUCAGAAAUGUGCCCUUGACAUAAAAAAUAUAUAUUCUCGUCAAAGUUUCCUCUCAAGCUGUCUUGCAGCACCGUGCAGUAUGUUAACAUUUCUGUCUAUGGAGGCAAAAAUGUAAUUGCAAACAGCAACGUGACCGUUUCUCUCGGCCAGGUUUCCCUCAUUGAAACUGAGGAAUUAAAGUCGAGAGAGAUUAUCAAAAACGUUGGGAGUUGCUCGGAGCUCUUUGAUGUAACGUUUUAACGUUUUCCAACCGCAAAUACCUGCAAAACUGACCUGAGGUGACCACUGGAAAAGUUGCUUAUCAGUUUGCCCUUGGAGUUGUAUAUUUGAGCUGAAGAUAAACCACUUUUAGAGGAGUUUGUAAAGCCGUGAUGUUUGUUGACCAUGCUGUUGGAAACAGUGCCGCAAAGAUUAAAUCACUUUCUUUGUAUCAAGUU